UGACCUUCAAUACAACACCUUGGAGAACAGCAUUCCCAGUUCCAUCACCAACCUCACCGCCCUCACCUACCUCAACCUUGCAAGCAACAAACUCAACAGCUCUGUUCCCAUAUUUGACGGCUUCCCUGCACUCACCUACCUCGGCCUGGGAGGGAACAGCCUGCAAGGAACCUUCCCUGUCACGGGAAACCAGGCUCUUCCCCUCAAGACACUGGACCUCCGAGGCAACAAGCUUGCAGGCAGCAUCCCCCGCUCCAUCUCCUCUCUCUCUGCUCUCGAGCAUCUGCUCCUGGGAAUGGGCGUCAACCGCCUGCAGGGGCCAGUCCCUCCCACCAGCUGCCCCCCGCCCUUACAUCGUUGAGCUUAUCUGCCUUCCAUUUCCUGCCUGCCCUCCUGCGGUCUCCCCCGCCGCCCCCCUUUCCCAUGCCAGGGGAAUGGGCGUCAACCGCCUGCAGGGGCCGGUCCCGUCCACCAUGGGGAACCUUGUCAAGCUGACAGCGCUGUGA